CCGCUUGCACUGCAGUGGUUCUGUUUUCUGCCGGUGAGUCAGCGUCAGAGCUGCAUAUCAAUAACCUCUGAUUGUUAUCAAUGCAAUAAUUCUCUCCGUAAAACUUCAGCGUAGCAGACAGACUGCAUUUUUUUACUGCCUAGAUUUUUAAACUGACUCUAAUUUGUGUCCAAACGAAUCAUGGAUCAGUUUCGUGGUUUAUUUGUAAAAUUGGACCAAAACAAGGAUGGAUUCAUAUCCGUAUCGGAGCUGCACAAUGAAAUGAGAAAGCAUGGGAUCCUUUCAGGUGAUGGCAAGGUCAAGAGUAUCAUUGACUCUUAUGACAAAGACAAAGAUGGCCUGUUGGAUUAUAAAGAGUUCCUCAGCUACAUGAUGGACAGAGAGAGGAAAUGGAAAAUUUACUUUCAUGAGCUCGACAAGAACAAGUGUGGGGUGAUUGACCAGGAGGACAUCAUAAGUUUGUUUAAGGAGUUAGGAGUGGUCAUAUCAAAGCCGAAUGCAAAACAAAUUAUUCAAAUGAUGGAUAAAGACAGCUCCAUGACAGUGGACUGGGGUGAAUUCCUGCAUCAUGUCAUCCUCAACCCUGUGGACAACAUCAGGGAGCUAGUGUCGUCGUGGAAACACGGUCUGGUUUUCGAUGUGGGUGAGAGCCGUGCGAUGCCCAUCGAGUUCUCUGAAGAGGCGUCUGGUUUUGGGGCCUGGAGGACGUUUGUUCUGGCAGCAGGACUGGCCGAUGCUGUAUCUAGAAGUGUGACAGCACCCAUUGACCGCCUUAAGACCCAACUUCAGGUUCAUGGAUCCAAGGCGUUCUCUCAAGGCUUUCAGGAGAUGAGGGCAGGUGGUCUGCGUUCGAUGUGGCAAGGAAACGCUGUCAAUGUUCUGAAAGGAACACCACAGUCCACCCUGCAGUGUCUCAUCUACACUCAGAUGAAGGUGUACACCCAGAAUAGAACUCAGCAGACUCUGACGGUGCAGCAGCGUUUCGGUUUGGGCUGUGUGUCCGGUGCUGUUGCUCACGCUGCCUUCUACCCUUUAGAGGUGCUGAAGGUGAGGUUGAACCUACAACAAGCUGGCACCUACAAUGGUGUUGUGGCAUGUGCCCGUUCUAUUUACAGACAUGAGUCCAUGUCCUCUUUUUACAGAGGAUUCAAGCCCAGCAUCCUCUGCAUGAUCCCCUACGCAGGUGUGGAGUGUGCGGUUCAUCAGUCCAUCAUGAACUGGGCGAAGAGCGAUCCUGCCUACAACAGUGACUCCAAACUGUUUUUCUUCAGUUUUGUAGCCUUCGCUUCAGGACAGAUGACUAGUUACCCGCUGGCAGUGAUCCGGACUCAGCAGCAAGCACAAGCAUUCAGCUCAGAUUUACAUCCAGCUAAAGGAGUGUUACAAGGACUCAUUGGGAUAUAUGAAAGAAAUGGAGUUAGAGGAUAUUAUAACGGGAUGGGGGCCAGCUUUGUCAGGGCUAUUCCAUGUGCUUUGAUAAACUACACUUUAAUUAGACAAUUUGAAAGUCUAUUUUCUUCAUUUGAGUCUUGAGAUGAAGUGAAGAGGUUGCUUUCUUUUUGUGUGGAUCUAUUUCUUUUAUAACUUUUUAAGGGACUUGAUCAGGAAAACUGUGAAACAAAUAUUUAUUUGACCUGACUUUUGCAAUAUAACUAGAAUCUUCUCAAAUGGUUGAAAUUGCUUGGGUAAGGUCUGUCAGACUUAAGUUAUCAUGUGUCUGCGACUCAACCUUUCAUUUAACUGAACAGUUUUCCUCUGAUCAAGAGACUGAAACAAUGGUGCACCAUGUGUUGAAAUGUGAGAUGUACAAUAAAAUUUUAUUUAAUUACGGA